UAUUGUAAAUCAUUUUUAUUCUUUCGGCUUAAGUAGUUAAAUAAAAUUAAAUUGCGUAUAUGUUGAAUUUUCAAUUAACGAAGCAUUUGUUAAUGAGAUAAGCGGUCUGCAAAGAAUUUAUAUCGAUUAGCAUGUCUUUACUAAAAUGUUUUAGUAAGUAUAAUACUCGCUAAUAGGUGUAUAUACUUACUAAUAAUAAUAAACAUGUUCAUUUUUGUUUUUUACUUUCUCUAAAAAUCUAAUAAAUAUGUAUUAUAUUUUAUAUAAGUUAUAUUUUUAAUAGUUGAUAUAUUCUAAGCCAAAAGUUUAGAAACACUUUUUAAAAAUUGACAUUUUUAUUUACUUAAAUAUAUACAUAAUAGUGUAUUUUUUUAACAAUGAUUCUUCAGAUCGAAUAAUUAUUGCAUUAAACCAAAAACAAUUUAUUUGUAGUUUUUAUCGAUGUCUCCAAACUUUUGGCCUGUGUAUAUGUAAUAACUCAAUUUUACGCUUUAACUAAUAUGUUUAAAUAUUAUCAUAAAUAGGUACUUAUACACUCUUCGUUCAUUAAUUACGAUUUCAUAAACUAUAAUUAUUGAUUUGUAAUCAAUAAUUAUGUCGAAAUUAUACACAUCCAAACUUUUAAUACGCUACCAUUGUAAAGGUAUUUCAUUAACUACUCCACGUAUGUGUACGUCCCGCUAAUUAAAUGAACUGCGUUUAAUAACUCAAUUAGGAAAUUAUUAUAAUUCGUGCAGCAGUUCUCUUUAAUUAAACUUUAAUUAAUUAAACCUCCCUUACCUCUUCAUUUAUCUUGUUUCCGAAAUUAACAAUCUCACAUUUAUGUGAUUAAUAAUCCAUUAGUAACAGCAACAGCAUUAAUAAUUUCAAAAAGCAAGAUUUCUACAUUGAUAAUUAUUGUAACAUAUUGCGUAGAUUCUACCUUAACAAAUAACUUUGCUGGACCCGAUUGACGAGAGUCUCGGCAUGAGCAGGAGCAACGAAAGUGGUAUAUCGUUAGCAACGCCGCCAACGAUCCACGUCGGGCCUAUCGUCACGCCGGGGUCCAACGAGACCAUUUCCAUCGUGAUACCGUUGUCAGCGCAGCUGGCCGCGAUGGCUAGUCAGAAAGUCGACAAGAACUGCAAGGAUUGCAGCAAGGACGCGAAACGGCCGGUCCCAGGCGUCAAUCCCCCUCGAAGCCCGAGGAACGACAAAGCGAAGGGCUGUCCCUUUCCCACAUGCGCGCGCUAUGGACGAGCGUUCUCCAGGGCGCACGAUUUGAAGCGGCACAUAGCUCGGCACUCGAUGCGCAAGGAAAAGCUGCAGCACACCGACCAGCACAAGGUCGACAUCGAGAACGCGGCGAGCGACGCGACUUUACGCGGCGCCCUUCUGCGCGGCGCGGAGAACAAAGGCGGAUAUCCCUGUCCGCGAUGUAAGAAGAGGUACAACGAUGAGGACAAGCUCCGAGCCCAUCUGAUCUCACACAGCAAAAUGUCAAAGAACAAUCACAUGAAGCACGAGGAGCACGCUAGGAGUCACGCUACGCUGCAGGGUCAAGUGAUGAUGGACAAGUCCUCGACAACGAAAAACGAGGACGACUUUCUUCUGGAGGAGAUGCUGCUGCUGAAGAAAGAUCCACGAAGGGCGGAUAAGAACGACUCGAAGAUUAGAUGCGAUUACUGUUCAAAGACUUUCAAAACCAAAUGGACUCUGAGCUCGCACGUGGCCGCCCACGAAGGCCGCUUCCAGUUCGACUGCGGUCAAUGCGGCAAGAAAUUCGUGAGGAAGAGCCACUACGAGGGCCACGUGCGCUCUCACGAGGCCGCCAGGCCGUACGCCUGCGAGCAGUGCGGCAAAACGUUCAAGGAGCUCAAGCAUCGUCGUGAACACACCAAGCGGAAGCAUCCGAGUAAUCAGAGCGCAAUACAGAGUUUAUUAGAUAGCAUCGGGCCGUGCGCGGCCGAGGAGGCGAACAUUGAUCAGGCCAAAUUCACUUUGUUAAUGCCAGUCAAUUUCGGCGCAUAAGGAGUCGGAGGAGGCCUUCGUCUAAACAGGUCACUGUGGAUCCUUCAUGUUCAACUAACUAAGAGCUUGAUUCCUUGAGAACUUUUGAAACGACGGGAUCCAGAUUUAGAGUGUGCAUCCUUGUUACCUUGGGCCUUUUGGUACUUUGGCUGUUUGGUACUUUGGAUGCUUCGGAAGUUUGGAUCCUUGAAAUUUUGAUUAUUUGGAGGAUAGACUUGCAAUUUUGAAUGCGUGGAAAAAUCGGAUCCUUACUUUGGAUCAUUACUUUAGAUCCUUUUGAAUUUUGGUUGUUUGAGAGAUGGAAUCUUUUAACAAUUUGAAUUUCUUGAAGCAGUUGAAAAUUAAAAGUUUCAAGAAGUUUCUUAAAAAAAUUUUAAAUAUAUUACAUAUAUAUAUAUAUAAUAUUAUUUAUAUAAAUUGAAUUUUUGGAUUGAUAACAUCUUAUAAAUUCAAGGUUCUUCAAUUCAUUUGGAUCUUCAAAUUUUUGAAGGCUUCAAUGAGGUGGAAUUUACAAUUAAAAUUUUCAUAAUUCCAGUAUCUCUAAACGACCAGAAAGUAAUAUGUCCAAACAAUAAUUUUUUCAAGUCGAUUGAUAAACAAGAACUUAAUUUAAUAAUUAAUGAAUCAAAAUCAUGUGAACAUUAUGCUGAUUAUAUUCAAUUAUUCUAUACUUUACGAAAAAAAAAUAUAUAUAUAUAAAAUAAAUAUUAAGUCAGUAAAA